AUGGCCACGGAAGCGAUGUAUCAAAGCCCGCCAUUAGCGAGCGCAUUCCCAACGCCUUCUACAACUCCAAAACGACCACCUUCCAUGCAUGUCCGGGGUGACUCGUCUCCAGGUCCAGUGGUAUCGCCUGUAUCGCUCCCCAAUCACGUUUCCUCUCCCGAAGGACGCAGCGAUCUCGAUUCCAUUGCUGAUGAGGACGUCAUAUCGCCGCUGGAUCCCCGGAGAUUCACGCCGACCUUGCACGCCUCUCUUGUCUCUGAAAUUCUCGCCCUCCGACGAGACGUCGAGAGCAAGACAAAGGCCAUUGACCACUUGGAGAACAGCCUCGACGAGUCCCGGAUAGAGAAUGAAGAGUUGGCUCAGCGGCUGGCCAAGCACUCGAAAGAGUCUCGGUCACUGAAGCAGCAACUGCAACUUCUGGAAGGUGGUAGCUCUUCGGCCCUUACUGAGCUAGCAAAAGAGAGGGACAACGCACUCGAGGGGGUAGCUGAAUUCCGCAGGAAACUUGAACAGGCGCAGAAGAAGGCUAGAAGCCGCGAUGAAGAAUUGGAAAGAACUACGAAGCUGUGGACUCGGGAAAAGGAGGCCUGGGAUGGCGAACGGAGGAAUCUGGAGCGGAAAGUCCAUGUGGUCGAGGGUCGUCUCAAAGCUGUCUUGAACGAAGUUGCAGCCGCCCAGGCUGCCAACUCCCGCGAGCCUUCGAUAAACGAUGCACAAGACGCAGGGAAAGAGGCGUCCACCGGCAAGGACAGUGACUCCGUUAGCAUGUACUCGAGCAGCCAAGGACGCCGCCGGACCAGCAUCACGAGUUUGAGUAGUGCUGGGAGUGAUGAACAUCAUGGACUUGGUGAGGGACGUUAUUCGGUUAUGAGCGCUGCCGGUAUGCUAGGUUCACAGACAAACCUUGCAGACGAGCUAGCAUUUGACGAAGAAGAUGAGUUCGACCUUGAUGAUGAUAAUGAUGAUGAUAUACCUCAAUCCCCCGAGGCGCUUCCUGAAGAGCGCCCCAUCUCGGUUCAUUCGCAAAUGUCUCAUACCAUGAGUAGCAAGGCACGAAAAAUCCUUGGGCUUUCGCUUGAUGAGAAACUGGACAGCUUUGCCGUGAAAGCUGAGGCAUCUCCAGUGCUCAAGAGCCCUUCAAUUGACCGGACUCCGCCUACUGAAUAUCAAGACAGCGGUGUCCAAUACUCCCCCCCUGCAUCGCCCAAUCUACCUCUAAUGGCUGAUAAGUCAAUUGAAGCGAAUGUGGAAAACGAUGUUUCGCUAUAUCGAACAAAGGAGAGCAGUACAUCGACUUUGACCAUCGACAUGGUUUCGGCCUCCUCUCAAACUGUUGAGAGUCUUCCAACCCCUCCUUGGACUCCAAGAGUCGCUGCGCCUUUGGAGCUCCCAGCUGUCGACCACGCUGCUAUGGUUCCAGCUUCUGUGCAAACGGAUAUUCCUGCCAAGAUUGAAGCUGAAAGUAACCCUGUGCAGAAGCUCAAGCCGGCAAACAUUGAGAUUCCAAUGAUCACAAUUCAGCCCCCCGUAUCCGAACCUUCUUCUCCGCGGGGAAGCGUAGUCCUUCCUCCCCAAACUAAGAGUGUUUCCUGCCAGGCCGACUUGAGGGCAGUCACCGAAACUCGAACAACUGGCAUUCAGACAGAGCCUAUCCGCAUCGAUCAGCGUCCUGUCAAACUUCCAGCCAGCUUGCUGCCGUCUGCGAUUCCAGACCUUCCGCUCAAUACAAGUGCACUGGACCAUGCUAUUCAACCAUACCGCGCGCCUUCUCCCAAGUCUGCCAAGAGUCAGAGAAAGCAACCGCCUCUUGUGGUUGAGACGCCUGCUGACACGACGGCGCUGAGCAAGUUCGGACAUAUUCAGGCUUACCCAGGCAAUAACGAUAACGGACCAUUGUCAGAGGACUCGAAGCCUAACCUGAGACGGCCUUUGCGGUCAAGCAGUCUUUUCGCCGGCUUCGAACAGACAAGCGAUGACGAAGCUGACGCCCCUAGGGACGUGUUCACGGACGAUGAAUUGCUAAAUAGGCCCUUCGCGUCUUAUAAAGUACGUAAGGGCAAGCUUGUCUCUGCUAAUGAGCGCCGCCGCAGUCUAGAGGAUGCCAUGUUGCCCGACCUGACGGAGGAUUUGAACUCCGAGUCUUAUUUCGAGGCAGGAGUGGGUAACGACUUAACAAGCCCCCCAGGAUCGUCUUGGUCGCGUUCCGGGACUUCAGGAUUCCGGCAGCAAGAUAUGCGUAAAGCAGCGAUUAUAUCCAGCGGAGCGGCCACACAUGUGAGGCGAGCGCGUAGCCCAAGCGAGCCAAGCAUCGACAGCGGCAGUGGUAGCAACGCAUCAAGCGUAGCGCCUCCAUUUCCUGUCCCAAUCCGGCUCAGCUCGAGGAAAUUCCCUCAAACCGGGAGCGAUGGACGCCAGAGCCCAACGCCCUCGUCUCGCAACUUCUCUGAUCGCCCGCGCCCGAGCAUUGUUCGCCGUCCUACACUGCGACGUGUCCGCUCGGCGGCUGCCAUGUCUCAAACGGAGCAGGCAAGCCGACCGACCACCCGGUCAUCUCCUGCUAUGUCAAUAUCUUCAUAUGGUCAAGAUAGCCCUCGACAUCCCCGCAUGCCGUUUGACGAUAUUGCGCUGCCUCGGGAUCGACAAAGCUCUAAUGCGCGAGCGGCUCGUCGGCCAAGCAUAUCGCAAUAUCUGACCCACGAGCGUCAUGAAUCAACUACGUCUGUUCAGCCAACAAGUGUGGUUGAUGCCAUUGCGCAGACCAUGGUCGGCGAAUGGAUGUGGAAGUAUGUCCGCCGAAGGAGGUCGUUUGGUGGAGACAGGGACAAUUGGGAAGGUCGCAACGCCGAAGAAGUGUCCGCCAGCAUCACCAACAGCGGAGUAAGACAUAAGCGGUGGGUUUGGCUUGCACCGUACGAGCGAUCUGUCAUGUGGAGCAGCAAGCAGCCAACUACUGGACCCGCGCUACUCGGCAAGAGUGGCAGGAAGUUGAUUAUCCAAUCCGUCCUCGACGUCAAAGACGAUAACCCUUUGCCAAAGGGCUUCAGCGGCUCGGUUCAAUUUAAUCGCUCCAUCCUCAUUCUUACACCCCAACGAGCUCUUAAGUUUACAGCCACCAGCAUCGAACGCCACUAUGUCUGGCUAACAGCCUUGUCAUUCCUGAGCCAUUCAGCGAUAGGCCUGCAAGACCUCGCUUCACUCCCACCAGUGCCGCGGGAAGAUUACACUCGCCCAGCGCCAACGGCAACCCUCCGCCGCAAUCCUAUUCGCGACUCCAUCCGAAUCGCCAAGGGCCGUCCGCGACCCUUCCCAAGAGGCAAGGGCAAACGGCCCUUCAAUAAUCAACCGGAACCGGUCCCUGAACUCCCCUAUGACCUGGACGACGAAGUUCGAGCCUCGGAGGACGCAGCGGCCCCACCGACGGUGCCCCGGUUUUCGAACCAUGCCCGCAAGCGCAGCAAUACGGCGCCGAGAAUGCCGAUCCCCAACAUCCGCAGCUUCUCGAGCCAGAAUACAAUACCUUCUGUACGGAGCUCGUCAGAUGCUGCAGCGGGGUUGUCCUCGCACUCACGUGGCCUAAACAGUGUGCGGAGUAGCUUCAGUCACCGUACCUCAGAGGCGAGUAGUGUGCGGACAGGCAACUUUUUUGAUGCUAUCGGCACCGUGCGCAUGGAAGCCUUUAUUGACCAGACCGAAUCGAACCGCUACAGGGCUGCGAAUUCCCGCCGGCAUACGCGCAAACCGUCCACUCCGUGGAGUAUGAACCAGGGGUACCCUGAACUGGAGUCUCCUUUCGAAGAGGUUCAUGAGGAUCCAUUCCACGGGUUCUAGCCUUGCUGUACUUAUCUGCAUUUCUUCUUUCUUCACUGGAGUUGUGCUUUCAUUGAUACCAUCUGAGCGAAUUGUUCGGGACUGUUUGUGAAGUGUAUAUAUGAAAACCCCUAUAUAUAAUAUUAAUCCAUCCCACCAAUAAUC